AACAUUACAUUAUUUGUGUUAUGGGGGAUUCCACCAUCUAUACACUUUCAACAAAGGUUUUACUUAGCUUUUACUGGUCAAAUUAUUUUUGUUUUUACAUUCCAAUAUAUUUAUUGAAUUUUACAUCUUCACAACAUAUUUGUUGAUUGAUAAGAUUCAUAAAAUUGGUUAAUUGAUAAGAUUCGUAAAAUUGGUUAAUUGAAUAAUAAACUUUUUUAUUGAAAAUGAUUAACGAAGACGGGAAACUUGUAGAUUUAUACAUUCCAAGGAAAUGCUCUGGGACAAAUAGAAUCAUCUCAGCCAAAGACCAUGGAGCAGUACAAAUCAACAUUGGACUGGUUGAUGAAAGAGGCGUUUACAACAACACAAACUUCAGCUUGGCUUUGAGUCCUGAAAUGAGGCAGAGGGGCGAUGCUGACGAGACUGUCAACAGGCUUCUGAGAGAGGAAGGACUCUUAUCCUCUAACAACUAAUCUUCUUUUUUACACU